AUCUCAGCACAAAUAUCUUGAAAAUCCCCAGACUUUGAGGGCCAAUUGCAUUUUCCUCGUCUACACAUAAGAAUGGCAAUAAUCGAGCUUGGGGAAUCCAUACCCGCUCUCACUCCUCAUGCUUCAAGUGUAUCCCUCCCAACAUGGGGUGACAACAUUGGCUAUGAGAAGGGGCAAGCAAGAGUGAUCAGUAAGAUGACGACUGGAUAUCCACGCUUCUUCAUUCACAAGGCCAUUGUUGCUUUCGCCGAAGACGUGGUUCAGAAAAUUGGAAAGCCAGGCUGCCAGGCUAUGCUAUUCCCAUCUACCAGGACUGCCCGAAGCUGUGUAAACUUCAUGCAUUCAAGAGAUCCGUCCAUCACUGCUGGGCAGAUUCAAAUGAUUGACCUGGUCCUCGACAAGCAGCGUGCAGACUCAGAGAUGCUAAAGAAAGUAUCUCCUUCUAUCUCUGCCGUCAUUUUCCCCACGCCUCUUUUCCCUCUUGCCAAGCAGUACUGGCAACAUUCGGGCGACGGUGUUUCGAGCAGACGUGCGGAAUUUUGCCACGGCCUUUUUCUGGACAGUCUAUUGGUAGAGAAAACCGCCCUUCAACCAAUAUUGAAUGGGUUACAGAAGGCUUGCAAAGGCCCAAGACGCUAUCAGAGAGGUUCAAUGGACAAAACGCCCUCCAAAAUGAACAAAGAUGGGCAAGAAUCACCUGAUAUUAGCCAUCAACCAGCGACCGUGCCGCUACAGGAAGCUCGCGAAAGCACACAGUUUCUGGAAGAACGCUUUGGCCGUAACCUUGACGUUUCGUUCGUUGAUAAUGCAAAAUCAGCAAUUCGUCGGCGCAUCGCUGGAUCCUUGAUGGGAGAGGUUGAUCUUUCAACAGCACCAAGUUCGAAGAUGUCGUCAAAUAUGCGUGGGGUAGUCGAACUCUCUGAAGAUGAUGUAUACCUCUAUCCGUGCGGAAUGAAUUCUAUAUUCCAUACACACAGGAUGAUGCUGGAGGCUAGAGGUUCAUUGAAGAGUAUUUCUUUCGGGUUUCCGUACGUUGAUACCUUGAAGAUACUGGAAAAAUUCGGGCCUGGUUGCAUUUUCUAUGGGAACGGUUCGUCAGAAGAUUUGGACGACCUUGAGAACCGUUUAAAGGAGGGCGAGAGGUUCCUCACCUUGAUCUGCGAGUUUCCCGGUAAUCCUAUGCUUAAGUGCCCGGAUCUUCAACGGAUUCGAAAGAUGGCCGACAAAUACGACUUCAGUGUCAUAGUUGACGAAACUAUCGGCAAUUUUAUCAACGUUCACGUCCUCCCAUACGCAGACGUGGUGGUUAGCAGUCUCACUAAAAUUUUCUCAGGCGAGUGCAACGUUAUGGGGGGAAGUGCUAUAUUCAAUCCUCAAGGACGAUACUAUCAAGCGCUCAAAAAAGUUGCCGAUGUUGAAUUUGAAGAUAACUAUUGGGCCGAGGAUGUUAUAUUCAUGGAACGCAACAGCCGCCACUUUGUGUCGAGAAUCAAGAGAAUCAAUGAGAAUGCCGAGCUUAUCUGCGACAUUCUCCGGGGCCAUCCUUUAGUCAAGGAAGUAUUUUUUCCCAAGCAUAAUUCUUCGAAGGCCUGCUAUGAUGCUUGCCGAACACCCAAUGGUGGAUAUGGAGGCUUGUUAUCCUUUACCUUCUACACCACUGCUCAAGCCAUAGCCUUCUUUGAUCGAAUAGAGACUGCGAAGGGGCCGAGUCUGGGCACGAAUUUCACACUGGCCUCGCCAUACGUUAUUCUUGCGCAUUUUCUUGAGUUGGACUGGGCGGCACAGUUUGGUGUCCCAGCUGAUCUCAUUCGUAUCAGCGUUGGUCUGGAGGAUGCGGAAGAGCUGAAAUCUACAUUUUCGGACGCGUUGAAAGCUGCGGAAGCUGUUUCUCUUGAGGACUCAUGAAAGGUUGUGGGUGUGAGACGAGGUGUUGCGCAUGCAAAGAAAAAUUGGUAGAGGACUGCUUAGUGGCUCAGGGCUAAGCUGUGUGGUGGUAUAAAGAGAAAAGCGAAGGAUGAAAGAUGAUCACGGUGAAGUGUUGAACACGAUCAGCUGGUUUGGUUUCCCAUAAGACUGAGUUACGCCGCAAGAGCAUGCUCACAUCUACUAAACGGAAGUGAUAAAUUGGUCGACGAGUGAAUUUGUGGGCAUGAAUAUGACAAAUGAAAAAGAUUGAAGACGGGUUAUGACCUGAUUUUACCUUUCGAC